AUGUUAAACACUUGGAACUUAGCUCCACGACAAAUCAAGUUACCUUAUGGGAAGGUUGAGACCCCGCAGCCAACUGGGGCCUUUGCUCCCAAGAAGCUUUCCGUUCGCGAGUUCUCCGGAGGUACCGUCGAUUACAGCGAAAACAUGAUCGUUUUCACUACUCUCCCACCCAUGAAUUUGGACGCUACACUGGAUGAUGAGCCUAACAAUUGGACAGAGUGUAUCUUGGCUGGUCCCGUCAAGCGUCGAAUCCUCAGCACCCCGGGAUUUCCUCGCUCCGUAGAGAAAACUGCAGGCGGAAAGGUAAACCAUCGUGUUAGGGCUUCACCGUUUGGUGGACUUGGGGUGUUCGCCACGCGUCCCAUCCGCACUGGAGAUCUCAUCGUCGCCGAGAGGCCUCUCCUGAUCUCACCACGCGGUUUUGAAAUGAGGGUCGAGUCGAAGGGUCUUACACAGGCGGAGAGGAUCCAGGUUACAAUGCAAGAGUGGGAGGAACGCCUUGACGUCGCAGUGAAGAGGAUGACUGAUGAAAACCGGAAGGUAUUCAUGGCGCUGGCGAAUAGUCAUACUGAAGACAGGAGUGGGCCUAUUCAGGGGAUCGUUCGCACCAAUGGAUACAGAGUACCAGGCUUGUACGAUGGUCACGAGGGCGACAACACCAGGGCCUAUACUGCGGUUAUGAAUGUGAUGUCGAGGAUCAAUCACAGCUGCUCGCCCAAUACUUGUCAUCGCUUUGAAAUGGCUUCCCUUUCCUUCGAGCUCCGAGCGAUUCGCGAUAUCAGACAAGGAGAAGAGCUGUUCUAUUCCUACUGUGACAUCUUCCGAACUAAGAUCGAGCGUGCUGAGGAACUAGCACCCUACGGCAUUGUCUGCGCAUGCCCUGCAUGUGUCGGAGCAACCAAGGAAACGGAUUUGUUACGCUCGGAGCUCGCAAAACGCGUCGAAAAAAUACAAGCUGACCACCACGUUUGGAUGAAGGAUCAAUCACGCCCGAACGUACUUGCAGCCUCCCUCAAGCUGAUAGCAGAGAUUGAAAAAGAAGGUCUGAGCGGUGCUCCGUCGUUCACCUCCCUAUUGGGGAUGGUUGCGAAUGUCUACGUGGAGUCCGAUAACAUGAACAGCGCGAUGAAGUACUUAGAUCAGUUCAACAACCAUUGCAGGGCAUAA